ACACACACACACACACACUCGCAGACCUCGCCGCUGGAGACGCAGACUCAGACUCUCUCAGUGUGAUGGCGUCGUCGGCUGAGAGCAUCAGUGCUGUGGAGGAUCAGGAUGAAGAGACGAGUGUUAAACAAGUUCAGUCGCAUUACUUGCGCUGUCCUUCUCCCAGUUUCUCCAUGAUGUCCGAUCGCUUCUCCACGGUUUCGGACCGGUUCUCCGUGAUCUCGGGAUCAGAAGCAGAAAGCAUCUUCAUGGAACCCAUUCAUCUGUCAUCAGCCAUCGCAGCCAAGAAGAUCAUCAGCGAAGAGCUGGAGUCACGAGUCGCGAGGACGCCAGUGACCUCUGACCUCAGGCUGGAGUCCGCGGAGCAGCUGAUGGUGGAGGACCUGUAUAACCGUGUGAAGGACAUGAUGGACGACCGCAGCCCCUACAACACGCCGUGUGUGCUGGACAUCCAGCGGGCGCUGAUCCAGGACCGGCUCGAGGCGCCGUUCAACCCCGUGGACGAGGUCUGGCCCAACGUCUACAUCGCAGAGAAGUCGGUGGCUGUGAAUAAAGCCCGUCUCAAACGUCUCGGCAUCACUCACGUGGUGAAUGCGGGUCACGGCACCGGCGUCUACACCGGCGAGCUCUUCUACCAGGGCAUGGACAUCACCUAUCUGGGCAUCGAGGUGGACGACUUCCCCGAGGCCGACAUCUCUCCACACUUCCGCUCCUGCGCCGAGUUUCUGGACGACGCUUUGCUGACACACAGGGGCAAGGUGCUCGUGGUCUCGAUGAUGGGCGUGAGCCGGUCAGCUGUUCUCGUCGCUGCUUAUCUCAUGAUCUUCCAGAACAUGAGCAUCAUGGAGGCGCUGCUGGAGAUCAGGAAGAAACGGGCCAUCAACCCCAACGAAGGCUUCAUAAAGCAACUCCGCCAACUCAACGAGACUCUAAUGGAGGAGCGAGACGACGACGACGACACCCUCAGCCAGUGCUCAGUCAUUGACACGCGGGCUCGUCUCGACGAGGAGGAGAGCAUGUUCGGGGUUAAAGCGGACUCUAUCAUGAUGGAGGAAGAGGAGGACGGUGGGAGUGUGAUGAGUAGUGUGGCUUCUUCAGCUGCUGCGCUAAGAGCACGACUUCUCAACGGUCCAAACGAACCCGAGACGGAGGAAACCACCCAGGACUCGUCGCUCCCUGGGAAAGACUGUGAUGAUGAAGAUGGGGAUGUGGACGGCAUGAUUAGGGAGUGGCAGAAGCGAAACGAGAAGUACCAAAACGAGGACUGGUGGGAAGCCCAACUUCUGUGCGACAGGGAGGACGACGGGUCUCUGGCCGAGAGAAAGCGACCAGAGGACCUGGAGAGUGUGACCAGCGAAGACGUGCGAAUGCUGAAAGAACACAUCCGACGCCGUCCCCGUCGACCCGCUUCAGAAUCGGGAUCCACAACCAGCAGUUACGCGGAUCUCUGGAAGCAGCGAGUGAAGGAGAUCGAGGAGCAGGCCGCCGCUCGGUACCGGCUCCGAGAGGCCGACGAGGACACCACAAGCGAAGCCAGCCAGAAGAAGAUCGACGACGAUGUGGAGAGCAUACUCUCCGACAGCAGCUCCAUGUACAACUUCUGCAAAAAGAACAAAGGAAAUCUGACACCCCUGGAAAGAUGGAAGGUUAAGCGAAUUCAGUUCGGAUGGAACAAAAAAGAGGCGGAUAACGGGGAGCAAACGGAGCCUGAGACGGAAGCGCCCGCUCCCUCAUUGGAGGACGUCAACUUAACCGCAUAUCAGACCUGGAAACUCAAGCAGCAGAAGAAGUUUGGCGGGGAAGAGAACAAGGAUGAGAUUGUGGAGAUGAGUCGGGGGGAGGACACGGCCACGGUUAAGAGACGCCAGCGCAGAGAGGAGCUUCUGGAGCGCACACGGAAAACACUCGAGGAGAGCCAGUCGGUGUGCGGAUGGGAAACCGAGAGUGUCGGGAGCGUGAUCCCUCUGUCCGCCUUCUGUGCCGGAGCCUUUCCGAUAGCAGACGAUAGCGCAUCGGUGCUGAGCGGAAGAUCCUCGGUCCUGUCAGGGCGUAGCACUCGAUCCCAGAUCCCAGUUCCCCAAGAGCCUCCAGCUCCGGUCAUGGGUCCGAACGGAGAGCCCAUGGUGAACCUCGCCAACAUCCAAAACUGGAUAGCCAACGUGGUCAAUGAGACUCUCGUGCAGAAGCAAACAGAGAUGAUGAUGGGAGCGAGUCUCGGCCCUUCCCGAGCAGGAUCGGUGUUCAGUCUGGGAGUCUCGGCACGAGGAGCAGACGACGAGAAAGCCUCAGUGUUGAGCGGAUCCACGUCUUUCAGCGUUCUCUCCCAGAGUCGAGCCGAAUCCGUGCGGUUUGGCGGGAGAGCCGAAUCCGUGCUUUCAUCGAACCUCUCCUCGGUGUCCGGGUUGGGAUCACGCAGGAGCAAGAUCACUACGACCAGUGUCCCACUAUACAGUCUCUUCCAAGACCAGGUGAACCUUCACAAACUGGACACCAUGGAGAAAGAAAUCAAGUCUGACAUGCGGGACAAGAUGGCGUCCUACGAGGUGAGGAAGAUCGCAGAGGACAACAAGCGAAGUACAUUAUACAAGAAGAAAAAAGCAAAGGAUGACGAUGAAGAUGAAGCCGAUCUUACAAAAUCCAAUGGAUUUGAGGAUUUGGCAGCGCGUUCUUCUCAGAAACCCAAACCUCAAAGAGAUUACGGCCGUUCAGGGAUCCUGAACCUCCCGGCUUCAGCCAGGAAUCCCACCAGCAACAGCAGUAUUGAUGAGUGGCUCAAAAACGUAAGACCUCCUCCGAGCAAACCGAAGCCUUAUGAUGGAGACGCCGAGCCGGUGCGAAUGUCUCGGCCGGCGUACGCCGGGAUCGUGGAACCCUUGGAGUUCGACUUCCCGAGCCGAAGGAGCUCGGUGUCAGUGGAAGCAGAAGAAGAGGAGUAUAGCUUUUCCUCUAGAUUCGCAUCCAGGCAUUGGGCUGGUGCUGACAUGUCCUCGAGUCACGAUCCCAGUCCGGAGUUUAGCGAUGGAUCUCGGAGAUCUCCGCCUUCGUAUAACGGCUUGAGUGAAGCUGCUAAUCACAGAACCAGGAGAUCUUAUGCUGGAUCCGAGGACGAGGAGAGAAGCGGCUACCAGAGCCACUCCGCAAAGCAGAAGUUACACGAGAACAGUGAGACGGGUAAACCGGGACGGGAAGAGGAGGACGAUGACGAGAUGACGGCUUAUAUUGCUCAGAUAAAGCAGAGGGCGAGAGCAAGGGUGGCCCAAGAAAUGGAGGAUGAUGAAGUUCUUUCCGCUUGGAGGAAACAGGAGGAGUCAAAGUCACACGUUCACAAUAAAAAAUAGUUAAUAAAAUAAGAGUUUCAUAUGCGUAAAGUGACAGGCUUCCAUUCGUGAAGACAAAACUGUUCAGUAUGAGACAGUAUGAAAGCUUGUUUGACAUCAACCUUCAGUCUGUACUGUAUAUAAAGAAUCAAGUGUGUACCGAA